AAUGGGCUGCAAAUCGGCAGCUAAGUCCAAGUUGAAAGAAGAGACGGUCGCGUCGUCGUCGUCGUCGUUAUCAUCGUUGUCCUCUCCGAGGUGCAAGCAGGCGAUCCGGCCGCCGACUGAGCAAAAGACAAUUCAAGAACAGGGAGUAGAACGCGACGGCAAAUCCAGUCUUGGGGACGAGGAAGAGAGCGAGGAAAGCAACACGACCGAUUCUCGUGUCUCGUCCGGGAGGUUGUUUCCGUUAAGAGAGAGCAGCAGAACCUCCGUCAUCGCGGACGACAGCGUAGUCGCCAGGUAGCUAUCAAGCGACGAUGCAGAAGUUGCGCUCGACCUUCAAACGGUCGCGCACUCCCACGGGGGCGGAAAUGAAGUCCCAGUCUAGCCUCGAGGUGCCCAAGCAGAUCAGGUCGGCCUCCUUCGACGAGAUACAGUUACAGGCGAAGCGGCAGGACGACCGUACAACCUCCUCGUCGUCCUCCACGUGUUCCCCGGCGAGAUCGCAUGAGUCGAUGCGCGUGAGGAGGGGCUCCUCGACCCUGAAAGUACCACAGCUGACCGGCCAGCGUUCCAAGAGCUUUGACGCGUACUCCGCGAGUUCCGGCUCGAGUCAGCAAAGUCUGCUCCCAGCAGGUGGGAUUGAGCGACCGGAAACCCCGACCAUCCAAGUCUCCGGAUGUUACCACUGUGCCUGCGUCGAGGAGUACCGGAAUCUCUGGCUGGCCGAGGACAUCUCCAGGGAGGAGGCCGACGCCGGCGAGGUUCGUGAGAAUGAUAGCACAGACGUGUCCGAGAAUGAGUCGGAUCGCGAGGAUGAGACCAAGAGGGAAGGCAGCCCGGAGAUCCGGGUCACCCUGACAUCCGACUACGACCCGGACGAAUCGCAAUGCGUCCCAGCCGAGGUAACCAAAGAUACGUCUGCCGAGCCGGACUCCGAGGUGAAAUCAGAGUUCCCGGAGAGGCAGCGCAGGCUGUCCAGGCAGGAGGCCCUGACCACCUUCCCCCUGGAGCAUCUUCCCGCUCUCGUGUCAGCCGCAACCGCGUCGGAAGCGGACGACGACGACGACGACGAGGAGAACGAGACCGUCGAGCCGUGUAGGUCCAACUUUGUCGUACGUGACAUUUUCCUGACCGUGCCAGAGCUGAAGCGGGACCGCGCCGCUUCCGUGGACUCGUGUUUUAAUAACAAUAAGAACGGCGGCGUGGCCGACGCGGACUCGUUGGCGGUGCCGCAGCAGAGCAUCAGGUCGAAGAGUGUCGACAUCGUGCUGCCGACGGACGCGAGAACGAGGUACACGGCGCUGCUGCCUGGGAAGGAGCCACGACCUUCGAUAGGAGGAAGAGAGGAUAGUGGAGAAGAUAGCAGAGACGGGGGUAGUUCGAGUCAUCGUGAACCUCGAUCGACUCCAGAUUGGGGUCCAAAUGCGUUUAAUGGGGAACAUCUUUGGGUACCGACCGCUACGUCCGGCGAUUUCUGUUACGUCAACGACUGUUCCAAACACGGACCCCGGUUGAAGUGUCCGGCCUGUCGUGUAGUGGCUCACGCCUGCUGCGUCGGAGGUUUAGAAUUCGCCUGCAAGCCGAGCUUUCGCGACGUGGGUGUGCGUCAGUAUCGCGAGCAAACGACGACUCAUCACCAUUGGGUCCAUCGACGAUCGCAGAAGGGCAAGUGCGCCAACUGCGGCAAGUCCUUCCAAUCGAAGCUCAGCUUCAGCUCCAGAGAGAUCGUGGCGGUGAGCUGCAGCUGGUGCAAGUCCGCUUACCACAAUAGAGAGACGUGCUUCAACGUACAGAAAAUAGGCGAGAAUUGCGAAUUGGGUACUCACGCGUCGAUCGUGGUGCCGCCGUCGUGGAUCGUGAAACUCCCUCGCAAGGGCAGCUUCAAGAGUAGCUUGAGAAGAUCUCCCAGGAGAAAGAAAGACGGCUCGUCUUAUCGUCGGAAAAGCAAAGAAAAAGACAAGGAGGAGAAAGAGAAAGAAAAGGAAAAAGAAAAAGAUCAGGGAGAAAUGUGGAUCGUUAAGCCUAUACCCACAGCCACGGUAAAGCCGGUGUUGGUUUUCAUAAAUCCGAAAUCUGGCGGUAAUCAGGGAGCGAAAUUGCUGCAAAAGUUCCAAUGGCUACUCAAUCCGAGGCAGGUUUUCGAUCUGACGCAGGGUGGUCCAAAAAUGGGAUUAGAGCUCUUUAAGAAGGUCCCGAAUUUGCGCGUGUUGGCCUGCGGCGGCGACGGUACGGUUGGUUGGGUCCUAUCGAUCCUGGACCAAAUCGGCGCUUAUCCAGCACCGGCGGUCGGGGUACUUCCUCUGGGCACCGGAAACGACCUGGCGAGAGCAUUGGGAUGGGGAGGCGGUUACAAGGAUGAGCCGAUCGGCAAGAUCUUGACGAGCAUAGGUGACAGCGAGACCACUCUGUUGGAUAGAUGGGAACUGAAGGUCGAGAGGAAUCCCGACGCCAAGAACGACGACGACGGUGGCAAGGGCAAGGAACAUCUGCCUCUCAACGUCGUCAACAAUUACUUCUCCCUGGGCGUGGACGCUCACAUCGCCCUCGAGUUUCAUGAAGCACGAGAGGCUCACCCGGAGAAGUUUAACUCCAGAAUGAGAAACAAAUUGUUCUACGGACAAAUGGGUUGUAAGGACUUGCUGCUCACAAAGUGGAAGGAUCUUUCGGAUUUCGUGACGUUGGAAUGCGACGGUCAGGACAUGACACCGAAAUUGAGGGAGCAUCGUGUUCACGCGAUACUAUUCUUGAAUAUCGCCUCUUACGGUGGCGGGACGCAUCCGUGGAGCGCGGGAAGUGGCACCAGAGAGCCCGCUAUGGACGAUGGCUUGAUCGAGGUAGUCGGUCUGACCACCUAUCAGCUGCCUCUUCUGCAAGCACGUGGACACGGCACAUGCAUAGUGCAAUGCAGCACGGCCAAACUGGUCACGACGAAGACUAUACCGAUGCAGGUCGACGGCGAGGCUUGUCGCCUGUUACCAUCUAUCAUAACUUUGAGUAUGUUGAACAAGGCUACGAUGUUAGCGAAAAGACGGAAUACGGGAAAGCCACACCAGCACACAGCGAGAUUGGACAGGUUGAAGCUGCCCGUGAUGAGGAUAAAGAUGUCAGAUUACGAGGCGUAUCAUCACAACAAGGAUAGGUUGAAGGAGAUGGCGGAGUCGUGGCUCGCGGAACCGCUCGAACUCAACGCCGCGACUGAUCUGGAGAGCCUCAGAAAGCUCCUGACAAAAGAUUAUAAUAUGGAUUCGUGCUGUUUCCUUGACUCGUGCACCGCGGAAAGAUUCUUCAGGAUCGAUCGCGACCAGGAGCAGUUGCAUUACGUGACCGACGUCGCCGUGGACGCCGUGUACAUCCUCGACGAAGACGCCGUGCAGCAGCAAUCCGACGGCCAAGCGGGACCAAGCCAGAACGUCGCGAGUCGGGAGGUUGAAACCGCGCAAAUCCGCUUACCGAGCGACGUAAAGGACACGUCGGCCGUGAGAGAAAGGGCGAGUCUUCGACCGAACGAAGACACACAGGGACAGGGGUGUCCCUCCGUCGCCAGCGGGAAGAUCAAACUUUCCAGACAACCAGACAGCUUUUCUUUCGAUAAAGAGUCCGAGGGUCCGAACGGCGUCAGGCCGAAGGACCCGGCAAGGCGACACUCCUUGAACGUGUCGCCGAGCGAGACGAGAAACGGCGAGUCGAAUUCUCGCAUACGACGCGACUCCCUGAAGCAACACUCUCACGUCGCAAUCGCUCGUGCCGAACAGUCGCAGCACCAGGCUGACCGAUCUCUUGCUUUUAUCAGCCCUCGCGACAGACUCUUCGGCCUGAACUCGGGAGUUCACGGAUUCACUGCUGAAUUACUCGAGAAGAACUGCGAUGAAAUACUGAGAGCGGCGAAGAUCGGUGAUCUACCGACCUUGAUGCAACUCGAUAAAAAGGGAUACUCGCUUCUGUCGAUCGAUGAAACUGGUCAAACGGCGUUGCAUCUGGCAUCGAAGCACGGCCACAAGGACAUUGUCAGAUUUCUUAUUGCCUCCGCCUCACCGACAAUCUUAAACAUGAUCGAUAAUGAUAAAGGGCAAACCGCUUUGCAUAAAGCUGCCCAGAACAAACGCCGUUGUAUUUGCUGUAUGCUCGUAGCCGGCGGCGCGUCUUUGAUGGUGAGGGACCGGCACGGCAACACGCCGCAUCAGCUCGCGCUGAUCGCGGAGGAUCACGAUUUAGCUGCGUACCUGCAAAGUCAAGAACACUUUCAAUUGGCGACGAACGAGAUGGAGAGCGAUCUCUGACCUCCAGCGUUGAUCGCCACGGCCUGAACCGCCCUGAACGACUGUGACGUAAAAGAGCCGCUAUUGUCGGCGUUCUGACGACGUUUUUUGCGGCAUUUUUUCCGGCGACGUAACGUAAUUCGCCACGUGAUAAUCUGAUAAUUCCUCAUCUGUUCGACGUCGACGAUUACGUGUUUGCCAAAUACUGACGUAUUUUUCUUGUCGAUACUUCGAAAAUUACUCUGUAGGACACAAUUAUAAACACACACACACACACACACACACACACAAACACACAUACACCAGAUACACGCAUGUACACGCGCAUACGUAUAUAACGUAAUUACGUAGUUGUUUCUAAUCGAUAAUAAGUCCUUAUUUUUCUCAAUCAUAAACUUGCCUGAGGUUUGUAGCUCUACUUACACUCGUACACUCGGCAAGUGGACCAUUAUCGGUCAGGGAGCAUCUGAAAUUGCUCCUGAGACGAGCAAAUUUAUUUUUCGUACGACAUUUAACGUCUCUCCGGUCCAAAAUGAGACAGUCAGUUUUGUAUAUCUAUAUAUACUGUAUAAUAUAUGUAUGUGUAUAAAUACACCCAUUAUAUAUUUGCGGAAGAUUCUGCAACAUCUCGUGUAAAACAAGCAGACAAAAUGAGCCAGCCAUCACAUUUGUGCGAUUAAAGAGAGACGGCGGAUUGUUUGUAGAGCUCCGGUCCGGUGACGAAACGUUAAAUCUGUGCCAACUGAUUGAAGAAUCAUGAAGGAACACUAACGACAAUGCCAAACGAAGAUUGACUGUCUCAUGUUGGGGCACAUGCAGGAGUAUGUAUGUAUUGUAUAUAUUAUAUAUGUAAUAUACUAAUAUACAUAUAUAUAGUAUAUGUAUAUAAUAUAUACUAUACACGAAACGUUCAUAGUCUCCACUCGAAAUGGGUGCUACAAGCGAAUCGAUAAUCCGUUAGUUUUAAUUCAGGGAAAAUAGAGGAUAAACUCUCUUAGCGGGAGAACGGUGAAGAACGAAGGUACAUUCUAUAAAUACCAAAAUGUAAAAAGGGAUCAACGUACGAACACCAAUUAGUAGUUAGACGCAGUCUAUCAAUAUUUAUUGUACUAUUGCUAUAUUACUAUUAUACUGUUACUACAAUUAUUUUUCUGUCGGAAAUUAAUAUAAGAUCUAUGUAUAUAUACGUGUAGAGUUUUUUGAGGCGCUCAUCGCGCUCUUGGGAUUUGCGCGUAUUCUAAAGAGAGGACGCCGCUCACAAGUCAAUACGAUAUCGUGCACGCAACGAUUUCUUUCUUUCGCGCGUCUUAAUCGAGCCCGAUUACUUAUCGAUACUUCUGUGAUCCUCUAGAAAACCCAGUUUAUAUAUUUUAUUAUUUGAAAUGCGUAUGUAUGUAUGUGUAUGUGUGUGUGUGUGUGUGUGUGUAUGUGUGUGUGUAUGUGUGUGUGAAGAUUUCGUACGGCGGCGAGUAUAUCCUCUGUCUUUGUCUCUUUUCUUCAUUAUCAGAUAUUGUUCGUAUAAUGCUCAAUAGUUCGUAUACAUUUUCAUUGCAUAAUCUAGAAGUUAAUGGGGAACAAAACGUGUGUAUCUCAAAUAUGACUGAACUGUUUGUUUUAAACAAUGUGAAGAAAAUAAUAAUUGUUGUAAACGUAUUUAGCGUCUUUCAACACGAUCUUUAAGGAUAUUUUUAUUUCAAUUCAAUUCGAAUUAUUCUUUAUCUCAAAAUAGAAAAUAUAUAUCGUGACUAUUGAGUAUAAUUGAUGUUGCAGGAGUCGCGCACUCUCUUAAAUCUUAUAUGUAUAUAAGUAGUUUUCUAGUUACUUGAUUAUUAUUGUUCCGGCGAAAAAACCGCUAUGUUGAUUCAAAUGAAUUCUUACGUUUAGCACCAUAUGUUUUUAACGAGUCAAACACGGAAAAAAGAAUUGCCGCUGUUCUAUGACUGUUAAGUUUCACGCGAGAAUGUAUAAGAUAUAACUUAUAUGAAAUUUUGUGUUUUCGACCACAACUUAAGAAGACAAAGAGUUAUCGUAACAAUAGAGGAGAGUUUACUUUAGGUUUACAUUAGGCUUCGUUAGGCCGCCGUGUAACGUUGUAAAUUACGAAAGCAGGUCUUUCAUCGAUUUUCUCUUGAGAAAAAUCGACUUGCGCGCUCGUGAUGGAGGAGGUGCGCGAUGUCUAGUACGUCCUCGCUUAACUUUACCGCUCUUUCGGAGUAUUUAAGAAGAAAUGCCUUUCGCGAUCCGUACCUGUUGUAUCGAUAAAAAGAGAGAAUUUAAAGCAAGUGAAAGAGAGAAUAUAUAUAAUUGCAAGGAUCGUUUUUAGGUUCGUUGUAGGCUCGUUGUAGGAUCGUCAUAGGGCGUGUAAGAGUAUUAUAGCGCGCUUCGGGUUAUCGGGUGUGUAUCACGUGUACCGUACGUGGAGAACGGAGAAUGAGAGUAGCGUUAGUUAGAUGCCCGAUAACGCAAUGGCAUUGAAGCCGGUACGGUCUCACGAUUAGGUGCAGCAGUUCUCGAUCGGUCGAAGUGCAUGCCCGGGAGAGAAACAGUAAUAUACAUUUUACACCGGACGAUCGUGUUUAUCUGUCGCCGCGAAUAUGAGCGUGAAAACCUUUCCCGCGCGGCGAUCUAAAAAAUUUUCUCAUAUUUGUCCCCGCGAUCGUACCGGUUUCAAUGCUUCGGAUAGUACUAGGCCCGAGAUUUACAAGAAAAAAAAACAAAAAAAUGGGAAGAAAAGAAAAAGGGAAAUCAAUUGGAAUUUCCCGGGAUACAUAGUGACGCCUUUUAGCGGCAGUGAGAGCGCUGGCUCGGCUCGCAAAUCUCGAUUUAAGUUUUUAGAGCAAUAAAUUGACGACAAUCACGACAUUUCGGCAUAAGCCAGCGCCGCUCGGGCCGCGACUGUUACUUCUCUCCCGUCCGUUCCUUCUCUCCUCGUUCCGUUUCCCGUUCGAAACUCAUUGUCUCGUUGCCGUGUGAACGACGAGACCUCCCCGUGUGCACGAGCACGCUCCUAUUUUUUGUCAGUAGACGCGUACAACAUACGUUUCAGCAAAAUUAAUACGAUAUUUUUUUUACUAGCCUACUAACGUGCUAGUCCUUUAGCGCGCUAGAAGUCCAGCAUGCUAUAAGUUAUUAAUAGAAAAGCAUCGUAUAAAUCUUGCUUUUUUACAUAAUGGAUAUGCACACAAACGACUUCGAAGAUCACAAUAUAAAAAUAUUCGCACCACUUAAUUAUCAAAUAUUACAAAUUCACCAAAUAAUAAUCG